GAGUAUAAAGCGCCUUUCGCCCCCAAAGAUUGGAGUAAAAGACACAAAGACAUACCAUCCCACUUACGUCAACCAAAUCCACCAAAAUGUCCCAAGUCUGGUUCAUCACGGGCGCCUCAUCCGGCUUCGGCCUCGACCUCGCCCUCCUCGCCCUCUCCGCCGGCCACAAGGUCAUCGGAACAGUGCGAAACGCCACAAAAGCAGCCGACGCCGUCGCAGCGAUCAAGAACAAGGGCGGUCAAGUCCUCGAGCUGGACGUUACAAAGACAGAAACAAUCAAUGGCGUCGUGGAAAAGGCAAACGCCAUCUACGGCGGGGUGGACAUCCUCGUGAACAACGCGGGGUACUCGCUGCUGGGCGCCGUCGAGGAUAUGCGAGACUCGGAAGUCCGCCUCCAAAUGGAAACAAACUUCUUCGGGCCCCUCGCUCUCAUCCGCGCCUUCCUCCCCACGCUGCGCGCCCGCGGGAACAGCACAAUCGUCAACCUGAGCAGUAUAGCCGGGCAGGACGCCCAACCGACCUGUGGCCUCUACGCCGCCUCGAAAUUCGCACUGGAGGGGCUAUCCGAGGCUCUCUCGCGCGAGGUCGCGGCCUUCAACAUCACGGUCCUCAUCGUCGAACCGGGCGCGUUCCGGACGAAUUUCCUCAGCGCCGUGCAGAGGACACAAACCCCGCUUUCGAAGGCGUAUGUUGGGGGUGUCGUGGAUGUUACGUUGCAGAAGUUUGAGGCUGCCGCGGGGAAGCAGAGGGGGGAUCCGAACAAAGCUGUGCAGAGGGUGUUUGAGGUUGUGACGGGGACGGGGGAGGCCGGGGGGUUAAAGGGGAAGGUUUUGAGAUUGCCAUUGGGGCCGGAUUGUAUCCAGCGGAUUGAGACCAAGUUGGACAAGUUUAAUCAGGAUCUGGAGGCGACGAGGGAGUUUGCGCUUGCUACGGAUUUGGAGUGAGGAUGCCAUGAGGACAUAGGACAGGAAAUCAUAUAGAGUGUACCAAAUCAAACUUGAAUCGUUCGUCCAAUAAGAGGGAGAUGACACCGCGUUCCGUGCCUUGGGCGCAAAUGGACCACGCGGG